AUGAAAGAUACGGAAGAGCCUCCGCCUGAUAAUGCUGAUGAAAAGGAGGCGGACGAGGUUGCAAAGCCUGAACUAAAGAGGCGAGGAGCAACAGGAGAUAAUGAUGCACCGGAUGCUAAAAAACCAAAAGAACGGAAAUUGAAAUUUGAAUCUACCUACCUACGAUCUAUUCCGUCUGCUACUCAGUAUGAGAAGUCUUUCAUGCAUCGUGAUGUCAUAACUUACGUCAUCGCCACGCAAACUGAUUUCAUCAUUACUGCAAGUUGUGAUGGUCAUUUGAAGUUCUGGAAGAAGAAAUAUGCUGAGGGCGUGGAAUUUGUGAAGCAUUUUCGCUGUCAUCUUUCUUCUUUUUCUCACAUAUGCACCAAUUUCAAUGGCACGUUACUGGCUACCGUCUGUCAGCAAGACAAGAAUGUUAAGAUAUUUGAUGUCGAGAAUUUUGACAUGAUUAAUAUUCUGAAGUUCGAUUUUACCCCUCGGAAGGCAUGCUGGAUUCAUCAAGGUGCUGACGCUGUGCCAUACCUUUCUGUUUGUGAUAGCGACUCGGGUAAGAUAAUCGUUGUGGAUGGAAAGGGUACUAGUGCUGCUCUUCACACUAUUGAAAACUUGCAUUAUGCACCUGUGAGAGAAAUUGAGUACAACCACGAGACUGAUAUCGUAAUUUCUGUAGACGAUUCUGGAAUGAUUGAAUAUUGGAGCGGAGCCAAGAGAGGGUACAAAUUUCCCGAUAAUAUAAAAUGGAAGUAUAAGACUGAGACUGAUCUAUAUGAGUUCAUGAAGAUGAAGACUGUUCCUGUUUGUUUGACGAUCAACCCUAAAGGGACGAUGUUUGCUACGUAUGGUGAAGAUCGGCGGAUUAGGAUAUUUUCGCUUUCUACUGGAAAACUGUUGAAAACAUUAGACGAGACGUUGAACAAGUACUUGACGGAAGCAAAAGAACAUCGGUCUUAUGGUUUACAAAACAUGGAAUGGAAUCGUCGUAUCGCUCUGGAGAAGGAUAUGGAUAAGGAUCGCUCGAACACGUUAAGAAAUUUUCGGCUGUGUUGGGAUUAUUCUGGCUAUUUUAUCUUGUAUCCUUCUCCUGUUGGAGUAAAGGUGUACAAUGUAUUCACAGAUCAAAUUGUGCGAGAAAUAGGUAAAGAUGAAACCAUGCGGUUUGUCGGCGUCUCUCUAUGCAGAGCAGUACCAGAUAUUCGAGCGCGACUGCAAGGAGCAGCUGCCACUAUUGAGACCGAGGCUGCAGACAAUCCCAACUUGAACAGAACCACAGAUCCAGACCCUAUAAUGGUCUGCUGUGCAUAUAAGAAGAACCGUUUCUAUCUGUUCACAAAUACAGAACCUUACUCAACAGAUGAAACUGAUGAGUCGGCUACUGGUCGUGAUAUAUUCAACGAGCGUCCGCGAAAAGAAGAUCAGCUCACAGCUGUCGAGCAAGAAGGGGAGACACAACGAGCAACGGAAGAAGCUGUAUUGCAUACUACAAUGGGAGAUAUACGAAUACGAUUGUUCCCUAAUGAGUGCCCAAAAACAGUUGAGAACUUCAGCACGCAUUCGAGAAGAGGAUAUUAUAAUGGUUUAACUUUCCACCGAGUGAUAAAGUCGUUUAUGAUACAGACUGGGGAUCCAACGGGAAAAGGCACAGGUGGUCAAUCCAUUUGGGGAACAGAUUUUGAAGAUGAAUUUCACCCACGCUUACGACAUGACAAACCGUUCAAGGUAUCAAUGGCAAACGCUGGCCCGAACUCUAAUGGAUCGCAAUUCUUCAUCACAGUCUGCCCAGCGGAAUGGCUAGAUGGGAAAAACACCAUUUUCGGAGAGGUCAUUGAAGGGAUGAAUGUCGUACAAAAGAUCAACCAGGUGCCUACCUUUGAAAAGAGUGGUCGACCGCGAAGUGAAAUAACUAUAAUGUCUGUGACUCUAAAGUAG